AUGACAUCUCAAGGAAAACGGAAGCAUGAAGCCACCGACGCGUCAAGUAACAAAAAAUGCAACAAAACAUUAAGUGACACGCCCGUGAGGCGCGACCUCUUGGAGCGUUGUUACAACAAAGUCACUACCCUAAGAGAAUAUGUCCUGCUUAAUCUGCCCAACGGCUCUCGUCUUCGAAGGAAAAAGGUAGCAUCUAUUGGUGAAAGCGAAGGUGCUGGAGAGAUAGAAAAGACGCUGUCGCGACUGCUUGAUACAUCGCUUGUUUGCUUUGCCGACCAGCAGACUCCCAUGAACGACACACGAUGGGAGCAAUGGCUUGUGUUCUCUCAGAGGGAGGAUGAGUCCUAUGUUAGUAUAUCAGAUGGAAUCGCAGGAUCUGUGUUCUCUCAGAGUGAGAUUGUGGAUUUCGUAGUCUGGCUCCUAUUCUCCAGAGAUAUACAGCUUGGAAAAAGGCCCAAGCAUAUACUGUGCGAUGGCUUCAGAAAGUCUGCUGGACCAGAUGAUCAAGGGACUUCCAAUAUCCCUGGCCUGUUUAGUCUAUAUCCCAAUUCCCAUGUAAAGGCACUCAGGGAAGCCCCUUGGCCACAGUUACUGGCGCUUCUUGGCAAAUCCGGCGAGAAGAUCAUGAUCGGCCUUCUUGUUGAUACUUCGAUUUAUGUAGCCGCUGAAGCUGGCUUCAAUAACUAUCACCAGUUGACAGGCGUACCGCUUACAGAUCUUGACCUCCCUGGCGGCAAUGUGUCGCUGGGGAAAGGGUCGGCUCGUGAAGUGCGUAAACCGGCAGAUAUAACACUGGUGAGAAGCAGAAUAUUCUACGCCAAACCAUCUCUCACCGCAAACGGACUUGUCCAAGCUGGUUUCAAACACAUUCAUGUGCUGAACCGGUAUCGCAAAUCUUCAGACCCUGAGAAGUUGGACAAAGAACGCGAAGGCAUAAUCAAGCUCAUAAUGUACAUGUUUCCUCGUCAAUUCGGACUACACAACGUCUUCACCUCUCAGGUUGACCCCACCAAGACGUCGCAAAAAUUCCAGGACUAUACGUUGAGAGAGGAAGAAAUUGCCCCUGUAUUUGAUUGCAAGCCAGGAGACACUGUUCCAAAGAUGCCGAAAAUACCCAAGCGGCUCCGCGGCGACGUCGAGGAACUUGUGAAACGCUUACAGGUUCUUCAUAGUCGAUGCUCAUACAUUGAGCUGUUGAAAUAUUACUGCCCCUGCGUAUUUGAUAGAUCUUCAAGAAGUCGAAGACCAAGGAAUAAGAAGAUUCCAACAUCCUCUCGGAAACCAAAGCCUUCACAGCACCCAUCACGAUCGAACUACAAUUGUACUUCGACCCAGAUGAACCCAGAAGCUGGAGCAGCCAGCACCCGGGUGCAAUCAUUACCGAAGCACGAUUCUUUGGUCGAACUAGCUACGCCAUCAUCUCAGGUUUCAGCUUUUUGUCAAGCAGUCUUGUCCAAGAUUAUUCCUGAUAGCUUCUGGGGAGAUGAUACUGUCAAAAAGCACAACAAAUCAGUUGUAAUGCGAAGCAUUGAUCACUUCAUCAAACUGAGACGUUUUGAAGCCAUGUCGUUACAUGAAAUAACGCAGAAACUUAAGAUCGCAGAUAUUCCAUGGCUUAAGCCUCACAACGCUGGUCAUCAAAAACCCAGCAGAAGAGACACCGAAAAACGUCUUGAAAUCUUCCACGAAUUCCUUUACUUUGUUUUUGACUCACUCUUGAUACCCCUAAUCCGCAACAACUUUUAUGUCACUGAAUCGAAUACCCAUCGAUAUCAAGUCUUUUACUUUCGUCAUGAAGUAUGGAGACAGAUUGCAGAGCCUGCCAUGGCAGACCUUAGAACCGACAUGUUUGAGGAGGUCAAGCUGGACGAGGCGCAGCAGAUAUUGCAAAAUCGACAGCUGGGCUUCAGUCAAGUUCGAUUAUUGCCUAAAGGCGGAAAAUUGCGUCCCAUCAUGAAUUUGCGACGAAGAGCGAUGACUCGGGGUCCUUCUAGGAAUCUUGGUCGAAGCAUAAACACGGUCCUAGGACCCAUCCAUUCUCUCUUAAAACUGGAAAAGAGAAUCAAUCCUUCAAAACUAGGCUCUACCAUGUUCUCCGUCAGUGAUAUUUAUACCCGCCUCAAGGCCUUCAAGGAGUCAUUAGGUCCUGGUCACGGCAAGUUAUACUUUGCCAAAGCUGAUGUGAAGGGCGCCUUCGACACCAUUCCACAAGAAGCAGUCGUCCAACUCAUGCAAUCCGUGCCCAGUCAACCAAGAUACACCAUCAUGAAGCAUGUGGAGGUCAAACCAGGCGAACGAGCUGUGUUAUGCGAUGACAAAUCUUCUUCCAAAGCUAUUCGAAGAUGGCAUGCCACAGCUUUAAGCGAGAGGGAGAAGCCAGAUUUCGCAACGCGCCUUGAGCAUGACUUGGCGCCGAAGAAAAAGAACACUGUUUUUGUGGACAGUGCUCUGCGCAGGACUGAGAAUGUUGGAGAUCUCAUGCGCCUUCUGAAACAGCACGUUGAACAAAAUCUUGUCAAGGUGGGAAAGAAAUACUAUAGACAGAAAGUCGGCAUUCCUCAAGGCUCAGUUCUGUCCUCGUUUCUAUGUAACUAUUUCUACGCCGAUCUUGAAGCAAAGCAUUUAGACUUUCUCAACUCACCAGACUGUCUCCUAUUGCGCCUUAUCGACGAUUUCCUUUUGGUCACUUUGGACCAGGGCAAGGCAAUCGAGUUCGUGAAUGCCAUGCAUGGUGGCUUUCCCGAAUACGGUGUUGCAGUUAACCCCGCCAAGACUAUGGUCAACUUCGACAUGCUGUAUGAUGGUGAGCCCGUUCGGAAGUAUAACCACGAGAAAGGGUUUCCUUACUGUGGAACGACGAUCAAUUGCCAGACGUUGGAUAUUACCAAGGACAGGGACAGAGAUGCCAACCUAGAUGUUUCGGCCUCUCUCACCGUCGACUUUGGCCGUACUCCAGGCCAGAACUUCCAACGAAAAGUCCUAAACGCUUUCAAGAUCCAGUCUCAUCUAAUGUUUUAUGACACAGCUCAUAACUCAACCCGAACCGUUCUCACAUCACUACAAGGUGCUUUCGUUGAGACAGCUAGUAAAAUGUGGGCAUAUCUUCGCUGCCUUGGAAAGAACCAACAUCCUAGCAGUGAAAUGAUACUUCGAACCAUUGCCAAAGUGAUUGAUGUAGCUUAUCUAUUGCUGACCAGCAAAUCUCGAAUGAUGAGAUAUCCUCAGUAUACUUGUGAUGUGCGAAAGUCACAAGUUGCUCUUACUGCAUGUUUGGCUUUUGAGAAGGUGUUGGCAGCUAAGCAAAGUAACUAUCAGCCUGUGGUGAAGUGGCUUCGUAAAGAGGCAGAUAGACUUGCUUCCGGACAAAAGCACGAAUCGUUACAAACGCCCAAAGGCACACAGAUGGCGAUUUAG